AUCAGUGAAAGUCGAUGCGUUCCUGGAAAUGCGAACGGAUUGAGUUUCAUGUUCUCUUUUCUGCAGCAGAAUAUUUCAGUGGCUUUUCAGAACUUCAUUCUAGUGGCGACAGUUUGCCUUUGCUGUAGUGUAUGGCAAGAACCCAGAACACAUGUUUAUUGCAGAUCUACUGCAGGGCUUGUUCCGCGGGUUUAGUGCAGAUCUACUGCAGGGCUUGUUCCUCGGGUUUAUUGCAGAUCUACUGCAGGGCUUGUUCCUCGGGUUUAUUGCAGAUCUACUGCAGGGCUUGUUCCGCUGCCACUCCUGAUAUACAGUCAGUUCUGUGACUGUUGGAGAGCCAGAGAGACCAAGCUUCAAGAGAGGACAUGAGAUGAUCAUGAUGAUGGUACACAGAACACGGAUUGUCAAGUGCACCGUGCAGUGAAGUCACUCCACAACACGCCACAUACCUGCCACUUCCAGGCAACCAAGGCUGGUGCAGGUGUACGUCCAGCCACAUUCGUGCCACUUCCAGGCAACCAAGGCCGGUGGACACUGUAACGCUAAAUCACGUAGGCUCGCAAGCCGCGCGCAUAACAUCCCACCGGAUGUCAACCUUCCGCCGGAGGAUCGCCUACAGACACCACCACCGCAAGCAACGGCUCCGCGAGCCAACGCUUCGCCGCCCGCUGUCUAUUGUUCUGUGUGUCUAUCCAGGGUUGCUAGCCCCGCUCGCAUUACAUCCCGCCGAACAUAUAACUCCCGCCGGAGAAUUGCUUACAGACACUGCUGCUGCAAGCUACGGCUCCACCGAACCAAGGUUUCGCCGCCUGCUGUCUGUUGUUCUGUGUGUCUGUCCAGGGUCGCCAGCCCCGCUUGCAUAACAUCCCGCCGGAAGUCCACCUCCCGCCGGAGGAUCGCUUACCGCCGCAAGCCACGGCUACGCAAGCCAACGCUUACGUGCCACCCCCAUGUGUCCACCCGCAAGGCUAAGUACCUAUGGAUUAGGCCAAUAGCAGAGGCUCCCACCCCGCGGGGCUGGGGGAGGGGGGCUCUCGGGUCGUAUUUGCAUUAGCCCCACAGGAUGAGGGCGAACCUCGGCCAAACCAGUACAGGAACGCCCCGCCGAGGUAAGGGGGGGGGGGAGAUCUCCCACUAGGAUAACCCACGGGUCCCCUGCUUACAAUCCGCAGCCACGCCGCCGGGCCAGUGUGUUCCGGGAACCGGGCCGCUGUUCAGCGACCCGGCGCAGCACGCAUACCCCGCAGCUUGGCCGCCGUACCAUCCUGCCUGUUUAGAAAACAUGCGCAUGUGCGGACGUAUGCGUGUGUGCGUUUGUGUUGCAUACGCUUGUGCCUGUGUCCUCCUAGGCUCGCUAGCCGCCGCUCUCUCAGCGAGAGCAGAGCACCUGAUUGCCAACUCGGUAGCCACUGGCACACAGCGCACGUACGCCCCAGGCUGGCGUUCAUUCCUGGAGUUCAUGGGUCGCAUGCGCCGCGACGCACAUCACCCAGAUCAGAACGAUGGCCUACUGUUCGCUGCCGCAAUGUCUCACUCAGUCAGCGCCAGCACUCUGAGAGUCUACCUGGCCGCGAUCAAAUACCACCUCCUGCGCAUGGGAGGCCCGGUCGGGGCUACAUCCUCAAGCCGCAUCACAGCCCUGCUCAAGGGCUUAGAGAGGGAGAUAACGUCGCUUCCCAGACAUCCGUCAGCACGCCCUCAGUGCCAAGCGAUCACCGUCCACCCGCUGAAGGUUCUCCGCCAGUUCUUGGAUCGGUCCUUGUACUCCGCGGUAGACAGACUAAUAAUAUGGGCUGCUCUUACGACAGCCUUCCACGGCCUGCUGCUGCGUGUGAGUGAGUACACGUCGCUGUCACCACACGGUCCCGGCAGCCUCAAGACGCUGAGGCGCGAACACCUCCGGUUAGCCCAGCAGGAGGCGUCGCUGCAGCUCCAGAGGACGAAGACGUCUCAAUUAACAGCAGGCGGGGAGGUAGCGCUGCAUCGCUACGCUGACCCCGCACCAUGUCCCGUCCGAGCCCUGCAGGCUUACGUUCGGUCCAGCAAAUGGAGCAAUGACAAGCAACCCCUAUUCAAGUUUCAGGAUGGUCGCCAUCUCACGCCGAACGACAUCAAUGAUGUCCUACACAAAGUGCUAGGUCCAAGCAUCAGCAGCCAUUCCUUACGCACCGGGGGAGCCACACACAUGGUGGAUUGAGGCGCACCAGAGUAUGCCCUGAUGGCUGCAGGCUGCUGGUCCAGCAGGGCAUAUCGCACGUACAUUCUCAGGCCCGCAGGCAUGCCACAGCGCUACUACUAGAGCCUGCGUGUCGCAAGCCAUUCGGUACCUUUAUUGGAGGCACGGGUGCUGUCGAUGGGCGCUGCAUAGUGCACGCACAUCGGCACCAUUGAACUAUUCAUGUGUACUAAGAUUUAGUGUUCCGCUGCCAUAGCAACCUAGUAGUACACGUAGCCGUUCUGACGGCGCAGGACCCCGCAGGUCGCUUCUGCUGCCCUUGCCUCUCUGAUGUGUGAUAUGUGUACAUCAUUUAUAAUCAUAACCUCAUACUGAGUACAUGUACGUCAUACUUGAUUACCGAUCACAGGCUCAUGAUUAUUCACGCUGGAAUAUAAACGCUUGUGACACCCCACGGGCCCGUCUCUGUUGUGUGGCAUGAUGGUUAACUGUCACUAGUCACGUGUCACUUGCAACUGAGUACCUGGACCUACAACUAACCUACAAGUACAACUAGCACUGGACAGUGGUCAUGUACAUGUGAAUUCUGUACUAACUCUUACAGUUCUAGUCCAUGUCAGCUCACAGCCUCACAGGCACAGCGUCCAAGGG